AUGAGAGAUGGGGCCAAACCGAAAUUCCUGCCUAAGGAGUACAUGAUCAAUAAUGAAAGGACUAAUAAAAGGAGUGUCCUUGAUCUCAUUACUCACUCUGCUGCCUCAGCCAUGCCUUGCUAUCCUUAUCCAUACACACCCUUUCUGGAGGAGGGCGCUACAGUUUCUAUCCUCCCUUACUCAGACGAAAGCGGAGACCAUAAGAGGCUGAAAAAGAAUAUAAAUAUCUCCGACAGUCAUAACAGCCUUUAUAGUGGUGGAGGAAGCGAAAGUAGUUGCAUUACUGACAUCAGCCUCAGCCGCAGCAGCAGCGCGAAUAGCUUCAAGACCUUGCCAAGGCUUCAUUUCAGGGAUCAUAUUUGGACUUACUCACAAAGGUACCUUGCAGCUGAGGCUGUUGAGGAGGCAGCAACAGCUAUGUCCAAUGCCAAGGAAAACAGAGCGGAGGAGGACGGAACUGCUGAUGGGAUGAGGCUUGUUCAGCUCCUAAUUGCUUGCGCUGAAGCUGUUGCUUGUCGCGACAAGUCACAUGCCUCCGCGUUACUAUCUGAGCUUUGGGCCAAUGCUUUGGUCUUUGGCUCUUCAUUCCAGCGCGUGGCAUCAUGUUUUGUCCAAGGCCUUGCCAACCGCCUAGCCCUGGUUCAACCGCUCGGGGCAGUAGGGUUCAUUGGGUCCGCAAUGAGCAUGAAAGACUUUGCCUUGGACAAGAAGGAAGAGGCAUUGCGCCUUGUUUAUGAGAUUUGCCCCCACAUUCAGUUUGGUCACUUUGUGGCCAAUUCAUCAAUAUUGGAAGCCUUUGAGGGAGAGUUUUUUGUUCAUGUGGUAGACCUUGGGAUGACCCUUGGUCUACCACAUGGAGACCAGUGGCGAGGCUUGAUCCAAAGCCUUGCCACACGUACAGGCCAGCCACCUACACGCCUUAGAAUAACCGGGGUUGGCCUUUGCAGUGACAGAUUGCAAAUCAUUGGAGGAGAGCUCGAGGCCUAUGCCGAAAGCUUGGGAAUAAACCUGGAGUUUUCUGUGGUGGAAAGCAAUUUGGAAAACCUGCGUCCGGAGGACAUCAAAAUGUAUGAUGGUGAAGUCCUUGUUGUCAAUAGCAUUCUUCAGUUGCAUUGUGUGGUGAAAGAAAGCAGAGGAGCUCUCAAUUCUGUCCUGCAGAUGAUCCAUGAGCUUUCGCCCAAAAUCUUGGUUCUUGUGGAGCAAGACUCAAGCCACAAUGGACCAUUUUUCUUGGGGAGGUUUAUGGAAGCACUGCAUUAUUACUCUGCAAUCUUUGACUCCCUCGAUGCCAUGCUGCCAAAAUAUGACACGAGGCGCGCGAAGAUGGAGCAGUUCUACUUUGCUGAGGAGAUUAAGAACAUAAUCAGCUGCGAGGGGCCGGCAAGGGUGGAGAGGCACGAGAGGGUUGAUCAGUGGCGCCGGAGGAUGAGCCGUGCAGGGUUUCAGGCUACGCCGAUUAAGAUGCUGUCGCAGGCAAAGCAAUGGCUCGGAAAUAUCAAGGUCUGUGAGGGCUACACUAUCAUGGAAGAGAAGGGUUGUUUGGUUCUUGGUUGGAAUUCCAAGCCCAUUGUUGCUGCCUCCUGCUGGAAAUGCUAAUCAUACAUUUUUCGGUUCCAAAAUCGCAGCUCAAAAUUCAGUUAAAAAACCAAAAAAAAAAAAAAGGUACAAAAAAAAUCCCAACUCACAUUUCACACCAAAUUCCAAUAAAACAAUUCCAGGGAUCUUGGAAAGCUGAUUUGGGUGACUACUUUGUGUUCUGUGUCAUUGGCUGCAAACUGUGU